AAAUGGCUCAAUCUCUACAUUUCCCUCUUCUCCUCAUUGCUCUCUGCUCCAUAUCUGAAUGUGUUCAGCGUCAGUAUCACUUUAUAAAUGAGAAGAAGACCUGGACUGAAGCUCAGAGUUACUGCAGAGAGAAAUACACAGAUCUGGCCACUGUUGACAACAUGAAUGACAUGAAACAGCUGAUGACGAGUGUGAAUAAUGAACAAAUCUGGUUUGGUCUUCAGAGGACGGGUGUUUAUAAUUAUAAUUGGUCUUCAGGUGAUCCUGUGCUCUAUCUGAACUGGGGAUCUGGACAACCAGCUGGCAGUGAUAAUUGCACUUAUAUUUCAAAUGGACUGUGGUAUGUUAUGCCAUGCAUCACCAGCUUAUCCUUCAUCUGCUAUAACAAUAAACUGAUUGUGAUCCAGCAGAAUCUGUCGUGGUCUGAAGCUCUGAGAUACUGCAGACAGAAUCAUGUGGAUCUGGUCUCGGUUCAGUCAGUGGAGAUUCAGUAUAAGGUGAUGAACGUGGUUAAACUGGCGUCUACUGAGGCGGUGUGGUUGGGUUUACGUCACUCCUGUGCUUUGGGCAUCUGGUUCUGGGUGAGUGGAGAGACCGUGUGCUAUCAGAACUGGGCUCCAGGGUACGGCACAUCAGAGGAGGACUGUGAGCCCACAGUGAGAUCUGGAGCAGUUCAGUCUGGAGGAGAUCAGACCUGGAUCAGCCAUCCUGAAACUCACAAACUCAACUUCAUCUGCAGAAACUAUUAAGGGUGAAGGACCUGAAGAUGUUUCUGUUGAAUAGUAUGUUUCUAGUUUGUGUAUUGUUUAUAUACAGAAAGUUUUCUUAGGAGAGGCCAGAAGAGGCCACAUCAAAUCUUAAGGGUGGCACACAAACACACAAAAAAAAAAUUAA